UGUCUGCGCCAUGCUGUCCUGUUCACCAUCAUCGAAGGCCUGUCUCUCUCCUUGGAAGAUGCAUACGACUGCUGCGAUCCUCUGUGCGCGGACAGCCAAGCAAGCCGAUUUUGACUGCGCCACCGAAGCACGACCGAAGCGGUGCAUUCAACACGAUCGAAGUGGUGCACCCACUGCGCGCAAUUACCAGCUGCAGAGGCACUAUGAUCCUGUCGUUGGCGCCCCCGUCGCGCUCAAUACCCACAGGGUCCAUCCAGGCUCCCGGGAUCGUGAUUAGUAUGCCAGUGCGGCUCGCUUGCUGUCCAGUAUGGAGAUCCUCUGUCCCAUCACCCCGACGGUCUCCGCGGCGGUCACGCUCGACCAAGUCCGACCUCGUCCACUGCAUCGCACUGCGCCCACCCACUGCUCAUACCAUUGUGGACACCGCACGGUCCACGACGCCCGACCCACCCCACAUCCCCGACUGGAACCCGACUUGCCAGCCCUCCACGCUGAUGCACGAUCUCACGGCGGACAGCGAUGAUAUUGCGCAUGAUGGACACCCACCCGCACACAGUACAGGGCACUCUCGCCAUUGUUCGCUCUCUCCGGCGGCCUCGGAGACGGAGCUGCGCUGCACUGUCCAACGCCAUGAUCGGGAUCGAGUGCCAGUGAGCUCGCGCCGCGCCCGAUCCGUCGCUCGCUUCGAGAUUCGCGCCCGGGCGCCUAGUACAGACCUUUUUCGUGAUGCUUCGACUCGCCUCCGACUCAUCCCUCUGUUGGCGCACCCAUGCCGUAUGGAUUCGUCUUUGCGACUCAGUACCUAUCCACCAAUGUCUGUUCGUGUUGGUAUCAUCAAUGUUCAGCACUUCCUCCCUCCUCCACCGGUCAUUGGACAUGUUUCUUGACCAGGAUCGAUGAAUCAGCGCGACCCCUACUUAUAACUCUCUUAUUCCCGGCAUCUCUGGCAAAGUGAGAUGCACCUCUGACGUCGUCACAUGGGUCCGCGUCAAGGACCCUCGUUCCCAGCCCCCGCAGUGGGUCCAUAUCGAGGCGAGUCACGGUGAGUCACUCGCUGUGACGGUGUGACGCUCAUACACUCAGGAAAUUUGCCUCCGACCGGACCAUGGUGCGCCACCGAGAUGA